CACACACACACACACAAGCUGAAAAAAAGUCAUGGCUGGCAAUAAUGCUUCUAGUUUUGCAACUAUGAAUGCAACCGAGCUCGAGAAUGAGCUUGCUCGACAUCUCGCAAUGUGGAGGCAGCGUGAUCCACAUGUCAACGGCAACUUCAGGCGCAACUGGGUCAAUUCUGUCGUCCUUCAAGGCAAUGUCUCUUCGCGUCCUGAGCUUCAGACUCUCCCAUGCAUCCCAUGUUGCGCCCGUAUCUGCCAAGGUAUCGACAUGAGUGGCAUCUCUAUUGGCUCUCAGCGAGCCCGCUACAUAGUCAAUGUUCCCCCUGGUGCGCCUGCACAUCGAGAAGCACUAAGCAAUAUCAACUGCAAUGGCAAUACUCCCUGUCAACUCUGCCGUCAUUACAUGCCCCAUCGACUCGACGAAUGUCAAGUUGUUCCGCAGAAUACUGGGUCUUGGGAACAUGAUGCUCUCAGCAAGGCUGUCCGAGCCUACAAGUAUCUCAAUGAGUGGCAAAAGAGGAUGUCACAACUUCGCGGCGACCAAUAUGUGCAUAACCAUCAGGAAUUCCAGAAGUACCGAAACAUGUUACUGUUCUGGAUGCAGAUUGAUCGUCAUUGGGGUUGGCAGACUGACGACACUGUCAUUGCUGAUGGAGGCUGGUCUAUUAUAUAGAUUCCACUGCUAUCUGCUAGUCUGCUGAAGACAGACAGGCUGUAUGAGAUAGUCUUUCUUAGGUCUGGGAUUCCAAUCAAAAUCAAUCCAUGUCCACACAUACUGCAACAGGUUGUGUACAUAUCCUGCCUCCCAAAAAAUGUGAAUCAUGAAGUGCUGUACUCACAGAGGGCGCUGCGCAGGUUUAAGAGAGGCAGUGCGCGAUUUUAAGCCAAUCGUCCUUAUAUUCAGCCGUACAUAUCUGCACUCAGAAUAUGAAUAUCGGCUGUAACGGGCAAGUGGUGUGAAUGAUGAUCCGGAUAUGGGCAGGCGUUGUAUAUAUCCCACAAAACCUGUUGGGCCAUGGGAAUGGCUGCGUCAGCAAGAGCAAAAUGCACAAGUAGAGAUUGAGAAUGGUCCUGAUCUUGCUUCAGAAGAUCAAGUAUGCGAAGACUUCAUUCCCACUGCGGUGAACGACGUGGAUGACCGCUCAGUAAUGAUAUGACUCUGGCCCCUUGAUAUCACAAUAUUUGUUGUACCAAUUGCAUGUCAGGAUAUUGUCGUUUGGAAAUCGUGGAGUUGGGU